AUGCAGCGCUGCCAAGUGCGCAGAAUCCUUCUUGCAGCGGCAUGCAUUCAGAUUCUGCGAUCGCUAUUUUGCGCUCCAGUGGAUUUCCUUGAAAUCAAGCUUCCCUCCACGCGGGGUUCCCGACGACAUCUCUGGAGCCUUUGUGGGAUUGCCACAGUGAGCUCAUCCGCUGGAGCAGUUGACUCAGGGCCCACCUUCCGCACCCUGCGAAAGCCGCCAGAAAUUCCCGUGGCGACAGCUGUGAUUUUACUGCGGACUACGCAGGAGGCGGCACUGGAUUGGGGUGGGCCGUUUAGCAAACCUGGCCUAUACCAGACAAACUUCAAUAAGAAGCGCACGGAAGGAUUUGCAGAUUUCAAGCAGCGCUAUGCCACCUAUGACCUGUCUGGUCUUUUUAACCAGAUAGAAUUGCUGGAUAAAGAUCCGCGCACCAAUCGAUUGUAUUUUUCCUUUUUGAAUGAGGUCCAAUUUCGAACUCUGCAAGAUGGCAUUAAACGCCGGGCAGAACAAGAAAGGUUUGGUUUCAAUGUUGGGACACGGCUAUACCGAAAGAUUCUGCGGGGGGAUACCGUGGGACCACGGAUCCUGAACGAGGGUGACACCUACGACCCCAAGGCUCCGGUGAACAUGUCCUCGCCCCUUUCGGGACAGUGGCCUCCCUUGUCGCCACCGUUGCCCACGGGAGCUUUGGCCACGGAUUUGGCUGAGGGGAGCCGGCGUCUCAUGGACUACCUGCGUAAGCAAGGAUACUGCAAGGACUUUACCUUGUCAAGCUUUGCACCUGAAAAGGAUGGACGUUUGCGAUUUGAAUCAUCCGUCCUCGAGCCUGUCAACCUGGAAGCCACGUCUACGCUGAUGCGAAGUCGAGGCUUUCCACCCCGCUAUCAUCAAAGGAUCCUGCAGGCCUACUUCGCAGACCGCGGUUUUGACAGCGAAUUUGAUGAUGAGCUUAGUGGCGAGGAAAGCGGUGGAAGCCGACAGAAGAUGGAGGCCACCAAAAGCGGUGGUUCCAACACCAAGGCAUCUGGAUCAGAGGAGUCGCCUCAACAACAACAGAACAAGCAGGUUCCCAUUGUUUUUGCUGGGAGCGAGUGUGAGAAGGAUGAAGAUCAGGAUCUGAUCUUCUGCUUGAACGAACUCUUGAAGCUCCAAGUGUCUAUUGCCAGCUCCCUGGAAGUGGCCUGUUUGGCCUUUCGCCAUGCGGACCGAGACUUGUCUGACAACAUUCGGCGAGCAUUCAAUGAGGCUCGCUGUUCUUUGGUGUGUGCGUACACAUGUCCAUUAUAUCAAGAUGUUGGCAACAGCCUUCGAAAACAUGCGAACAAGCUGUCUUCCAAGGCAGCAACAGUGGUCUCGAACUAUGCUCAGGUGGCUCAGCAGGUGAGUCGGAACAUUCUCCCUGACCUGAAGUUGGCGAUCCAGGAAAAAGAGCCCAAUUUGGCCGUGAGUCUGUUGGGAAUUGUGAAAGACUGGGUGGCCAACAUGAAAAAGGACGGUGAGCAGAUUCAGCGUCUCUACUCAGACCUGCAAGAGGUGGUGCAGAUCGACGGCUGGCGGAAUCUUUGCAAGAGCAGGUUCUUGCCCUGCCAGAAGGACAAGCCCAACAAAGACCCAGAGCCACCACUGCCGAAGGCUUCGGCAGUUGCAGCAGCCUGGAAGCUGGACGUUUUGGACCUGCUCUUUAUGGCACCUGGUGUCGGCCGGAGCACUCUUCCAAAGCCCGAGCCGUUCCAGCAUCAGGCGCUUCCGCGAGUGGAAUCCACCAAUGAGACACAAGGUACGGAGGCAGAUCAGAGUGUCUCCAGUGGCCGACGGCGCAUGGAUAGCUCUGUGGAGCGACAGGAUGUGCCCAUGGAAGAGGCACCUGAAGAUGCCAUCGUGCAAUACCAUCCGUCAUCUGCCCCGAUGAAUGAGGAUGCAUUUGUGAAUCAGACUUCUGGUUCGCUGUUGCGAGCGUUGCGGGAACUCAAGAGAGUGGAUGAGAUUCUACAGGGCUGCUCCGCUUUCUGGUCCAAUAUGGACGGGACAGUUCAGAAACUUGCUCAGAUGAAGGAGCACACUGAAUGCUUGGUGAACUUCGCCAACAGCAGCAAACCCUUGAGGGAGCGCUUUGAGCAACGUCUGGGAGAAUACACCAGCUUUUGGAGCUCCCUGGAACGACUCUGCAGGCAAUAUUGCAUGGACCAUCAAACUUUUUCGAAGCAGAUGCAUGCCAUGAUGCGCGAGGUGUCAGAUGCUGCAGAUUUCAUGGACACGGCGCAGAGCGCCCGGCGCAGAGCUUAG